UUGACACGGGUGCUUUGGGAUGAGCUUCUCCCUCAACUGGAACAAAGCCCAAAGGCCUCGCCACAGGCGGUGUUGGCACUCCUUGAACCCUUCGUCGGUCUGGCAGAGGGUUCGUACGUUGAGGGUUUAGUUCGAAGCGUCCAUGAGAAUGUGUUCCGAAGGGUGCCAGAUGAUUUGGUGAAGCAGCUGCAGAAGAGAUUGCUGGCUGCGGCUAACGGCGCAGCAACACAGAAGAAUCGAGAGGCACUCUGCGACAUGGUGGCAGAGCUUGAGAAGAGGUGCCUCAACGCCACUGCCAAGCAAGCGCCCGACAAGGCAAGCCUUCCUUCUGAAGGAGCGGCUUCCAAAGAGGAGCGGAGCGAGCGAAGUUGCAAAAAGAAGCGGAAGCGAAAGGUCCGUGCCACUGCCGAGAGUCAGGAGAGGGUGAACGUCUCACCUCUCGUGCUUCCAAAGGCAGCUUUGCCCCUCAGAUCGAAAGUCCUUGCGCAGAAGAAGAAGAAGCGGCAGCGGAGGCUUGGAAUCGAGAAGGAAGCUGCAAAACACGCCCAAGAAGUCCAGGUGCAACGCAAGGGCCAGCCCGAGGUCUUUCCGCAGCUUUCGAGUGCAGCGACAAGGAAGAGGAAGAAGACCAAAAGGAAAGUGUCCUUCGACCUGAUCAAAAACGAGGUCGUCAGGUUCUCCGAGAAGACACCAGUCUCGAAGAUGAAGGAGAUGCCGCGAACAAGAGCGAAGAGGAGGUGA